CUUAUUAGAUUUAUUGCAAGAUUUUACAAUGACUAAUUUGUUGCCAUAAACUAACAAUAGUUAAAUCCUGGUCAUGUUUUUUUUUGUUCUAUUUUAUUUUAAGAGCUAAUAUGUGUCUAAGUUCUGUGCUAGCAGAAAACAAGUUUGCAGUGGGAAGUGGAGCCAAAACUGUUUGUAUAUGCUACUAUGAGCAGGAAAACAACUGUGGGGUUCUUAGAGAACUUUGGGUGCUGUUAAGAGAAUCCAGUUUGUUUGCCAAAAUGCUAGUCUUUGUGUGCCAAUGAAAUACACAAUGUGUCCAUGAAGCCAAGGGUUUCAUGUACCAGGUUGUAUGGGCAUUCAGAAAAAUAUGGUAAGAUGGGGAGGUAAGGUCAGAAGGCCAAGGAAUUCAGAAAAAUAUGUCUUUUAACAAAAAUGUUGGAAACAAAUCUGGGAUGGUGGAAUUUGUAGGCCCUAAUGGGGAGGUUUUCAUGUGUAGAAGUGAUGUGGAGAUUGGUUUGUCUCACCAAGAUGCAUUGAUUGAACUUGGUUGUUGUUGUAAGAAUGACCUUGCUUUAGUACACUAUGCUUGUGCACUCAAGUGGUUUAUUAAUCAUGGAUCAACAAUUUGUGAAAUAUGUGGACACAUAGGCAAUAAUAUCAGAAUCUCUGACUUCAACAAGGUUGUUGGUUCUCUGAAAGAAUAUGAAGCCUUAAGGGAGAGAACUGUCAGUGGGGAUCCUGGUCCUCAUGUUCAUGUGAAUAAUAAUACUGGCUUUGAUCCUGACGCUGUGGCUGCUAUCCGGAGGCAAAGGCUAAGUGAGAUUGCAUUAUGGUUUUGUCCUCAUAAUACCAGUAGUAUAAACAACAAUAGCAAUGCCGACACAGUUUCACAGGUUGCUUCUGAGCAGCCUUCAAAUUUUGUUACUGAAGAUGCUGGCCCUGCACAGAGUCCUGCAACCAAGUGGGCCGUGGAAGGCACAGGGAUCCUGCUUGCUACUGGCCUGCUUACAAUCACCCUUGCGUGGCCGAUAGCUCCUCGAGUUGGAAAGAAAACAGCCAAAAGUGGUCUUCACAUCCUACUUGGAGGUGUUUGUGCUUUAACAGUGGUUGUUUUUUUUUUCUGCUUUUUUUGUAUACUUGAGUUAUUGCAGUUUGUGCUUAUUAGAAUCAAGUAUGGACCUGCACGUUAUUGGGCAAUCUUGUUCGUUUUCUGGUUUCUUGUGUUUGCAAUAUGGGCUUCACGGACCUUAGUACUUAGACACAUGGUGCCCAUACACAAUGCUAGUCCUUGGUACUGUGCACGAAGCCAAGGGUUCCAGGUGGAGGAGCGACUAGUCUCUGUGGAUGAAUUGCUAGAUGCUGAUGAGGUCUUCUGCACAGUGUUACUUAUCUUAGCAACAGGUAUCCUUUGGAGAAGGUAUUGGAGCAGUGUUCCAGCAACUCUAUAGUGUCCUUACAAGACUACAGAUGGGUAUUACAGAGGAUGUGAUGAAUUGGACUGUUGAGUUGAGAUACGCACACAAAGAAAUAGCUGGCACUGCAUCUUCGCUGAAAUCCCGUGCAAAUCUCCAAUCACUAGACCUAGUUCUUUGAAAAUUUUGCUUUUGGAUAUGAUUAGUUCUUGUGGAUAGUCACUCGGGUGUGUGUAUUGCUAUUGAA